CGGAGGACAGUGCGCAGGCUCCGCAGUGACGUCAGGGAGGCGCGACCGAGCGGGCGCUGGGGGAAGGAGCUGCUGAGGGAUGCCCAAGAAGUUCCAGGGCGAGAACACCAAGUCGGCGGCAGCCCGGGCGCGCAGGGCUGAGGCUAAGGCUGCGGCCGAUGCCCGGAAGCAGAAGGAGCUGGAGGAUGCGUACUGGAGGGAUGAGGACAAACACGUCAUGAGGAAGGAGCAACGCAAGGAGGAGAAGGAGAAGCGGCGCCUGGAGCAGCUGGAGCGCAAGAAGGAGACGCAGCGCCUGCUGGAGGAGGAGGACUUGAAGCUCAAGAGCGGGAAGGCGGCCCGGGCGCCGGCCCCCGGCAAGGUCACACGCGCGCAGAUCGAGGGGUCGCUGCGCCGCGAGCACCCGCAGCGCGAGGCCCCGGAGCCAGAGAAAGCCAGGAGCCACCUAGAGGUGCCGCUGGAGGAGAACGUGAACCGCCGCGUGCAGGAGGAGGGCAGCGUGGAGGCGCGCACCAUCGAGGAAGCCAUCGCCGUGCUCAGUGUGGCGGAGGAGGCCGACCGGCACCCCGAGCGCCGGAUGCGGGCGGCCUUCACAGCCUUCGAGGAGGCCCAGCUGCCCCGACUCAAGCAGGAGAACCCCAACAUGCGGCUGUCGCAGCUGAAGCAGCUGCUGAAGAAGGAAUGGCUGCGCUCCCCGGAGAACCCCAUGAACCAGCGGGCCUUGCCCUUCAAUGCUCCCAAGUGAGACCAGAACUGGGGGCGCCGCCCCUCUCCUCGGGCCAGGCCGACACCCUGUUCGUCCUCCCGCUGGCUCGGCCACCAGGAUCGCAGAGCAGUGCGGGACCCCGGCGCCAUCACCGCCACCUCGGGACAGAGGGUCCCCUCCCUCCUCGGCGACACCGCGCGUUCGUUCGUGCCCAGGCCUGAGCGCCCAAUAAAGGCAGGCGAGGCUGCGCGA